AUGGGACAAAACGGCAUGAUAAUAUACAGUCUGCCAACUGUGCACCCGGACAGCCAAUUCUUCAUGAUCGAUGAGUUGACCGGCCAAAUUAGGAACAAGAUAGAGCUGACCGGCUUGGAAACGGUUACCUACGAGUUCAGUGUCCGAGCUACGGACAAGCCAGUAUCUUCUCCGCCACUUUCGUCGGAAGCGCCUGUUGUGGUGAACGUUGUUCGGGAUCUCAACCGUUUCACAGUGGUCAUUUCUGAAGCAUCAGUGGUCAGUAGUGAAAGCGUGACAAUUAUUAAGAACGCGAUCAAACGUCUUAUGCUGUUCAUCCGUUCUUCGUGCAAAAUCGUCAUUUUGGAAUACGUCCGAAGAAAUGACGGCUCAUCGGAAGACACCAGCGCCGGGUAAGU